AUAACUCUCGAAGUUUGUACUGAAUCCUGUUAUCUUCAACAAAUAUAAUUAAGCUUAGAAGACUGAACAAAAUAUUAAGACCAACUGCACAUAAUAUUAGGAAUAGAUAAGGUGUUGCUAAGCAAUGCAGAAAGGAGUAUUGGAACACUACUCUCCAUAAUUUCAAUGGAUGCGUCAGCAAAUGUUAUCUGAUACGUCUGGAUAAGUGAUAAAACAGCAAUAUUGCCAAAUUCAAUAGCUAGCAAUUUAGGGGCAUAAGAUAUCCAAAUAUCACGUUUCAUCAUAUAAAAUUACUAAGAAUAAAAGUUAAGAUUUACUAUAUACCAAGAUAUUAUACGUAUAGCAAGAUUGCAAAAGAAGUUACAAUGAAGGUAACAGAUAUACCAGAUUUAAUACGGACAAAUCUAAGGAAAUAUGGAUAUCACUUGGAGCAGAUACAGAAUAUCAUUGAGAAAGAACAUAACGUCCAGCUGAAUACUGUCGAUCGUGCUUACAUAGAGGAUAAAUAUGUCAAGUAUUGCUUGGAGUACUGGGUAGAGGAGAUCGAUAGUUUUCUAAAUGAACAUUCAACUGACGGUCAUUUAAUAGAGCAACUUAUUGCUUUGAACAACAUCAGACAUUUUGUUGAAAUCCCGCUUCCGUUUUGUGAGUUGAAUUAUUACAAACUUUUAAUGGAACACAAAGAUCUUAUUGAACAAUACAAAGAAGAAACUUUGAUGAGACAUUUUAAAGAAAAAUGCCUGGAACUCUCAAUGGCACACAGUAACACUGUAACUAAGGAGAUUGACUUUCUCAAGGCAUUGCUUGAAUUUUUAGUUAUGUUUGAAAAAUGCGACAAAUAUCCGGAUAUGAUGAAGUUACAACACUUGUAUGAACCUGAUAUAUCGAGCGAUAAAUUUUUUCAAAUAAUUAUGGACCUUGAUAUCGUUGAUUCUGAUGUAAAGCUUAAGCAAUUGCAAUACGCAACGCAGUCAUUAAUAGGGCAAAAACAUAUUGCCUUAAUGAAUAAAUAUCAAGAAAUUAUCGGAGCAUACUUUAAACCGGUAAAAAUAGAAAAGUUGACAAUUGAUAACCGAGUCGUUAUUGAAAUAAUAGGUGGAAAUUUUUACCUAAGUGAUAUCAUCAAUGAUGUAAAUUCCCUUUUGUUACAUGAUUCUAAUAUAGAAGAAGUUCGUUUCAUAUGCUCUGGCAUUAUGUAUGUCAAUGAAAAUCUGGAAAAUAGCAUGUGGCAUGGAAAAAACAUCGUAGUCUAUGCUAAAGCGAUUGUAAUUUGCGACAAAUGUAAAUGGGAUAUUUCUGGAAAGUCCGCAGACGCUACAACAAUUACCAAAGCGAAAACCGACGACGACGGUGUGGGUGCAGAUGGAGAACAUGGAAAAUGUGGAGAAAGCGGAGGAAAUGUUUUUGUUCAUGCAGAUAACGUGUUACAUUCGCAGAUGCUAGAGAUUUGGUCCAACGGUGGAAAUGGUAGCGACGGUCAAAGCGGCGGUGACGGUAAGAAUGGAAGAAAUGGAACAGGUAUUUCUCAUGCGGAUUUCAAUAGUAAAUUCCCAACCUGCGGAAAAUUUGUUGGUAGUAGCUCGGUGGACAAUUUGAGAACGAUAGUACGUAAUAUUCGUUCCUUGGGACAAAUAAGAGUAUCUUGGUUAAAUGGUAACAAUUGUUCAGUAGAAGAUGUAAUAAAACAUAGACAAAGAUCUGACGCAUUCGUAGAAGCUGUAACCGAAGACGGUCAAGAAAUUUACUUUUCUUCCUCGUACGGCGGCCAAACUUUCGUGUUAUGUAAAGGCUCUGCAGGUCGUCCCGGAGGACGUGGGGGUGCGACUGGUUUAGGUGGGCAAGGAGGAUACCCUGGUGAUGUAAUUAGUAGCGACAAAAGUAUUGUCGUAGCUUCCAAUUCGGGCAAGAAUGGCGAGAAUGGCAAAGAAGGUAAAUGUGGCACUCAUGGAGAAAAUGGCUGGGACAUGUCUUUCAUUGACUGGGCAUUCUGGAGCGACGGGAUAUAUUACGGUACAAAUCAGAACAGGAAACUCAAUUUGAGUUUUUAUGACGGCAGUGCUUCGGAUCGGAUAUACGUUCCUUAUCGUGCUACGAAUUCUAAUUAUACCUACGUACAAAUAUCAGAGACCAGUAUCCCGAAACCUGCAAGCACGACAUUCACAGAGAAAGAUACUUCAACACGCUCGGAGCGUCAAACUCAAGCUGAGAGAAAAAAGAAUAUUUCGCAGAAUCAUAUCUUCAUGCAGUACUCUCAACAUAUGGUCGAGACACACAUCGGUUUAUAUCAGGAUAUCCAGACGUGCAUGCGAUAUGCUGAGGAACAUGCUUUCGGGAUAAUGAUGGAGAACAAAGAGCAACAGAUGAAGGAAAUAUCGAAGGUAACUGUUACGCGUGCAAAACCAUCUGCGCAACAAAAUACAAGAGUAUUUAACACAAUUUCUCCGAUCUGCCACACUGAGCCUCAACAAGCACGUGAGAAGUCUUUGGAAGAAUUGCUAAAAGAUUUACGCCAAGCACCAUUAAAUGAGUGGUUUGAAUUAAAAAAUGAACAACUUGAUUAUACUCACUUCAAUUAUUUGUAUGAGCUUUACGAACGAUUGAAAGACAAACACGCAAAAAAGAGGAGAGAAAACACGAACGAUAGUGCAUAUGAUAUUCAAGUGGAAUUGCAGUUGAAAAAUAUUGAACAACUCUUAAUUGAAAAGUAUCGUUUAGCUGUUCUACAACAAAUUGCAUUACAGGUAGCCGGAUAUCAAUGCAUUGCUAAUAACAAAUUUGAAUUAACACCAAAGAAUGCGAUAAAGUAUUUUCGAAAAAUCAAAAAUAAUCCGCAUAUUAAUCUAGGUCUGCACAAAGAGUUGGGCAAUUUGCAACAGUACUUUUUUGAGGAUAAUGAGGCGCAGCGCAAGAUGAUUUCAAAAUUUUGCACAGCAGAAAACGUGAGCAAGUAUCACGACGUUUUCAAAUUCUCCAUUGCGUCUUUUGUAAUGGACGAGGGUAAAGAAGAAGAGGCGCACGGAAAUGUGAAGAAAUAUUACGAAGAAUACAGCAAGUUCGUCGGCGAGCAAGAAAUGAAAUUGAAGAAAUUUUACAAAGAAUCGAAGCUCGAUGUAGGCUCUUGUAAAGAAGUGGUAGGUCAGUUCUUCCGAAGUUUAAAUAACACAAAUGUGGAAAACAAGUUGAAGGAGGAUGCGAAAAAGGACAAACAGUUGAAGGAGAUUUACCGACGAUUUAGUAAGAUGUUUAAUGAACGUUUUGUCUGGAAGGAAUGUAUGAAGGACCCGAAAAUACUCAAGGAAUACGUACGACACAUACAGCUACAUGGGCCGUUGUCACCGAGUUACCGAGAAUUGUUAGCGUAUAUAUUCAAUAUUAAUAUCUGCAUGUACAUCACGGAUCGAAACAACCAAAUCUGUUUGUUGGACGUACACAAUCCGCAAUCUACAGAUGUUAUAUAUCUCUUGUACACUGACAAGAACUAUAUUCUGCUGGAUAUCAAUCAGAACUUCCUUCGACUAAACAUGGAACGUGACGGCAGAGCUAACCUGUGCGCGAAAAUCAUCGCAAAGUUGGAGUCGAUGAAACGUCAUACCGAUAUCAAUGAGUACAUGAAAAAAGGAUUGUUCCUUCCUGGAAGUAAAGAGUAUAACAGCGUGAUUUCCACUACCGAAAUCGAAAUCGACGAGAAGCUGGAUAUGUACGAUAUAAUACGACACUUUUCCUCCUCGGACGAGAAACAGAAGCUACGAUUCAUGCUGGACAAAAUAUCAUCUAAGUACAUUGGACAACGUGAGAUCAUUCACGCUAUAGCUAAAGUUUUCUCAUGCAAUGGAAGACACAUUACCUACAACGAACUGUAUUGCUUGGUGAACGCAGUACUGAAUUUCGUUAUCGAGGAUCGUCCUGGCCUAAAUAUAUUUAGCUGGAUAAUCAGGGCGUAUCCUCAGCAACAAUGGUUAAACGAAAUUAUACUGUUGAAGCUCGAGAAUCACUUUCAAAUGUUGUUGGACGAGAUACACGAAUGGAGGCGGUACUUGGCAAAUAUUCAUGAGAAAGAAACUCUGUUACUAUUGAACUCCAAAUUGGAGCAGAGCAAAUUGAACAAGGCCUUCUCGACGGAAUGUAUAAGAAACAUCUUGUACUUGCUGAGUAAUAUUUCAGACCGUGUGCCUGGACUCAAUGAGUUGGAAUUAUCCGAGUGGCCGUACGCGAUCAAGGAAAAAUAUUGGACGACCAAACUGUCCACGUUAACUGAAUGGGAGGACGAAGAAUUACAGAGAGCCUCUUAUUACCUGCUAUCUUUGGAGAAUAGCGCCGGCACUUCUCUCGUGGACGAAUUCAUGGAUCUUCUUAUAAAAAAAGGUGUCACGCUGCAGUCGAAUAAGAGCACAAGUUUGACACGCGCGUUGUCGUCUUUUUUUCAAAAGAAAACUGGCUCGAUAACUACUGAUGAUUUUCUUCAGAUUCUGACAAGUUUUCACAACGGAGAAUGGAAUUUCUCCAAAGACAUUCUCAUCACACUCAACGAAUGCCAGAUCAACGAAUGGAUAAUCUUGAUGAAAGCGAUAUUUCCUACUAACGGGGAAGAUCGCACCGUGAACAAAUUGAUAGAUUUGAUCAGUGGCAACGGCAACACUUCCGAACAUAUUCUGAACGAUUUAAAUGCAAUCAGAGAUACCAUACAAGCCAUGAAGCAAGUGACGGGAACCAGCGAAGAAGCGAUCAAAGAAGAGAUCGCUAAACAUAAAUCCAACAUACAGCUUUACGAAAAAGAGAAUGAUAAAUUGCAAUAUAUAUACAAUUACGUGGCUGAGUUGCUCGGUCUGAUAGACAACACCAUAAAUCUGAAGAGAAAUUUUAGGCUCCGCGACACGCAAAAACUCGCUAUACUUGCAUUAUUCAGGAAUAAAUGCAGCACACUGAUGCAGGUAUCCACAGGGGAAGGUAAAUCGCUUAUCGUCGUAGCAUUAUCUAUCUUGAAGGCACUCUGUGGUCAAAAGGUCGACAUCAUUACCAGCUCAUCGGUUCUGGCGAAACGUGAUAGCGAAAUCAACAAUGAUAUUUACGACUUCUUCUCCGUCAGCGUGUCGCACAAUUGCGACAAUGACGUCGAGAAACGGAAGGAGAUGUACUCUUGUAAAAAUGUAAUUUACGGAGAGCUCUCCGGUUUCCAACGCGACUAUCUACUGGAUCGAUUCUAUGGUAAGAACAUUUUAGGCGACCGCAGCUUUGAAAACGUCAUCAUAGACGAAGUGGACAGUAUGCUGCUCGACAAGGGUAACAACAUGCUGUAUUUAUCCCACGACUUACCGUGCCUGGACAAGCUGGAGUCUGUUUACGUGUACAUCUGGCAGUUAAUUAACAGGUCUUUCACGAGCCAAGAGGAGUUUCUACAGAUCUUUGACAGCAAAGCGAUCAGACAGGCGGUCUUACGUAAUAUGUACGGCUCGUUGUCGAAGAAGGAUAUUAAGAAGAUGGACGCGCAUAUAAGUGGCCAACAAGUAAAUACAAUAUGGGAACGUUUGAUCAAACACAAUAUAAUCGAUAACAACGGUUACCUACUAAAGGACAAUGUGAGCGAAAAAGACAUCUUGAAAGUAUUGUCACCCGACUUCGAGAGUUACGAGCGAUAUCUGGUAUUUCUGUUCGAGCAAAUUUCCAAGCGCGAGAAAUCCGUCGUUGUUCCUAAUUAUUUGAAACCGUUUAUAAUUCUGCACUUAGACGCCUGGAUCAACAGCGCUAAAACGGCGUUAUUUAUGCAGGAACGGCAAGACUAUAUAGUGGAUGUUGACAGGAAAGGCAGUAGGCCGGAUCUUAAGGCCAACAUCACUAUCAUCGACCGUGACACGGGUACAGACCAGACAAACUCGCAAUGGGAUGAAGCGUUGCAUCAGUUUUUACAACUGAAACAUGGCUGCAAGCUGUCGAUGCAGAGUCUGAAGGCUGUGUUCGUGUCAAACGUAUAUUAUCUGAAGCUUUAUGGCAAUCUAUAUGGCCUGACUGGCACAUUGGGUUCCCAUCGAGAGCGAGAUCUGCUGCGGAAGAUCUACCAGGUGGACUUCGUCACGGUGCCGACCACGAAGAUGAGGAAAUUCAAGGAGUGUAAUCCGGUCGCCUGUUCUAACCUACAGGAAUGGUGUCAACAGAUACACUCGGAAGCCGAUAUUUACACGAAAGCAGGCCGAUCAGUGCUGAUAAUUUGCGAGACCGUACACGACGUGGAGUCUUUGUAUAGCAUGAUAGGCGCCAAGAACAUGACCAACUUACACACAUACACGCGCGAUUACGAAUCCUUCGACGUGACCGCUGAGCAUCUACGUGAAGGUCAAAUUAUCAUCGCGACCAAUUUGGCCGGUCGCGGCACCGACAUCAAGAUCACCGAGCAGUUGGACAAGGCAGGCGGUCUACAUGUUUGUCUCACGUAUCUACCGAACAACAAUCGAGUAGAACAGCAAGCUUUCGGCCGUGCAGCUCGGUGCGGCAACAAUGGUUCCGGUAGAUUGAUUAUCCUGGGCUCGCGGGACACGCAAAGUAUCUCGCAAACGUCGCACCUGAAAAAAGAACGGGACUUUGAGGAGAUUCGUCGUAUCUCAGACAUCAAGCUAUACUAUGAGACGCGGAUAAGCGUAGAGGAGGAUGCUUUUCACCAAUUUAAGGAGGUGUACCAGCAGCUAGGGAAGAACCUGAAGGACGAGGUCUGUGAUGAAGUGAAAGAAGUACUGUUGCGUAGCUGCCUGGACGAGUGGGCUUUCUGGUUGGAUGAGAACAGCAAGUAUAUAAACGGCAUGUUGGGAGAACAGGACACGGAUAAAUAUAAAGCAUCCCUCAGCAAAUUGAUCGAUCGCUUGCGUGUAUUGAAAUCGAAAGAGAGCAAAGACUGGGUGCAGUGGACUCGCGAACCCACCCAAAUCAUCAGGCUUGCCAAAUAUUUCGCACGAAAUAAGCAGCAGGACACGGCAAUCGAACUAUUUGAUCGCGUUAUCAAAGAAGAGCCCAAUUUCUCAGAAAGCGCGCAUUACUACAAAGCUUUCUCGUUGAUCAAGAAGAUUGACAAGAAAGACCGAGGUGCUUUGAAGGAACUCAAAAAAGAAUUGCGCAAGUCGGCGAAACUCUUGGAGAAACAUCGCGAUUAUGCGAUAAUGGCUGGAAAUAUCAUCGACGCGCUGAAGCAACGGAAUCCUGGUAUCAUGCAGAUCGACGCUUUCAAGGAGCAACAUAAGAACAUCAGCACCAUAUACCAGAUCUUCUUGCAAUCUAUUGACGAUAUGUUUGGUCACAACGUGACGUCGCAAAAUCUCGAGAAAUACGAUAUCAACGAGGAGUUAGCUGAGACUUUGUACCUCGACUUGAUUAAAAAUGAUAUUUUAAGAAAGCCGAGAGUAUCAAAGAAUAUUGAGGAAGGUAUCGUGAAGAAGAUCUGCGAGCAUCACGGAGUAAUUCCGAAGGAGUUGAACGAUUUUCUCAUGAAGAAACGUGGCUUCUCUAUUGAGUCACAACAAUUUGAGAAGGAUUUGAAGAAGUCGGUGAGAAUGCCCAACAAAGAGGAUUUUUGGAAAUUACUAGUGAAGAAGAAGAUAUUGAAGGAUGAGGUGAAGUACAUGAAGAUUGUCGUAAAGAAGCUCCGGAACAUUGAUCCGUCUUUCUUGAAAUCACUGGACAAUAUAAUCGAGCAGAAGCAAUUGGAAAAGCACACUUUGAAAUGCAAUAAAGAACAGCUGCUUCUCCACACAACCGGCGCCGUGGAACAGGACAACCAGGACAAGGACGAAGAUAUCACAUUGGAGAAAAAGUUUUUCAAAAAAUUCAUUAGUGAUGACAAAUAUAAGAUACUGAAACGCAGGAACGUUUUCACUUAUAACAAGAAAGCGACCUAUGAUGCGAGGAAAGUGGAGAACGUGAUCUUUCCGUACUUUGACUCUAUAACCGUGAAGGAUUUGACCGAACGAGAUAUCUCGGAGGAAGAUGCGAAACGGAUUCUAACAGAUUUAGUCAAACAAAAAGUCUUAUCGGAUGGAGAAAAGGGCAUUUAUCGAUUGGUCGUCCCGUACGACCAGAUCGCGAAUCUUCAACUACCUUCCUGCCCAAUCUACGAAAGCUUCGUGAUACAACUGUUGAACGUUUGCUUCAUCUACAGAAUAGCGUUGCAGAAAUUGGUACAAAAUUUUCAGGACGAAGCGGUACCCGUUAAUCUACAGCUAAUGACCAAACCGCACCAAUCGGUCAUUUGUUCGUUGAUGGAAGAGAAAAUCGUCAAACUCGCCAAGGUAUCCAGCAAUAAUGAUAAUUUGGAGAGCAAAUUGCAGAAUAUGUACGACCGCAUGAUACGUGGGAAGGAUGUUUUUAUGCAAAUGUUCUAUAAAAAUAAUCUGGUACCGCGGACGAAAAAGGAUACAGAAUUAUUUAAUUAUGUCAUUCAAAAAGGAUGGAUCGACGUGAUGGAGUCGAUGGAGGAAAACGUAAUUGAAAGUCUCAAGAACCAAUUUACAGAUCCUAUGGGAAAUACGGGCAAAUCGCUGAACACUUUGGCAGGAAUGUGGCAGCCUAAGGCAUCGUCAACCCUAAUGUAUACUUAUUAUAGUUUAACAGCGGGAGAGAGAGAGAAAAUCUUAGUGUUCGUCGAUGGUGACACUCUGAGAUACACACGCGAACCGACAAAUUACGAGGGGCCGACGGAAACUAUUAAGAACAUCAUAGACGUCCACAAUCUCUUUGGCAAGAAGACCACGAUGAAGAAUAUUGUCAACACCUUGGAAACUUUGAAAAACGCGUUCAAGGCCUUGGACGUGCCGGACUGUAGUAUGAUGCCUCUGUUGAAGCAUAUCGAAACGAGCGGAUCUUUUAGCAGUGGCGAUUACCCAAGCGAGGAGCUACACAUCUUCGCGACGAACGGUUUGGGUGAUCUUGUGGUAAUUCAGGAACAACCGUGGAGCUGGAAGAUGAUAUUUAAGACCGCUGCGGUCGUCGUAUUCGGCAUAAUGCAAAUCAUACUUGGUAACGUGAUAGAAAUUUUUUCGGCCGGCACUAUGACGUAUAUGGCCGGUGCCUUGGUAUCCGAGGGUAUAAGCGAUAUAUUCUUUGCAAUAUCAGCUUUUAGGAGCGGCUAUUUCAGCUGGAAAAGCUAUAUGCAUCAUAAGGUAAUGAGUCUGGCAAUCACCGGCUUGACGUUUGGCCUUGGAGCUAUGUUCUCGUCCGCAAGCAAAACCUCAUCCUACGCAAACAGCGUAGUCGGACCCAACGUCUCGUCAGCCGGUACAGAAAUCACCACGAUGUCGGGUAAACAGGUGUUCAACGAGUUGACGCGCAAAGGGACUCAUUUGCUGACAAAGGAAUUCACGAAGCGCGUCGUAAUGAGCACCGUGGAAGGCGUCGCAUUUGGUCUGACGAGCGCCAGUGUCGAUUGGGUCGUGGACAAAUAUCUGCAGAACCUAUGCCGAGAUAUCGGUUUCUCCAUGAUGGCGGAGAUCGACCAAUCUGUAGAGCAGCAUAUUAUGUCUGAUACUUUGAUGACGGCGUAUCGAACGUUGGGCCGGCAGAACGCGACAGCGAUGAUAAAGGACCUGACCAACGAUUAUUUCGCGAACAGUAUAACCUCUGAAUUAUCGCGUAUAUCCAGCAGGCUUAUGUCCGCCGUGAUGAACGUUGUCAGGAAAUCUCAGUCCGUUCGUUCAGCGUUCGUCGGCUCGUUUAAGGUGAAGACGCUGCUGAAACUGAUGGGUCCGGCGAGCACGAUCUUGAAGAAAACGACUGUUCUUCACGAUUUGAGGAAUGUGACGGGCAAUAUGCUGAACGAGUUAAACGAACGUGUGCAAACGAAGAUUAGCGAGCUAAAUGAGAUGAACACGAGUACCCGACAAAACCGACAGGACGCGAUGGUCGACGAUGUCACGGAUAGGGACAGAUUUAGGCACGAUGUUAUAGCAAUGUGGAAGACGUCACUGCGUGCGCGAGCCGGCCAGGUGAUUGAUGAAGAGAUCGUCAGGCCUAUCAUGCAUACUGUCGCGACGAUGAUAGUAAGCUAUGCUGGCAGCCAGAUACAAUCGAUGUAUAGCGAUUAUAAGGAGCGCAAGUACACCGACGAGUUCCAGCAGUACAAGAAGGAAUAUGAAGAAAAAAUGCAGGAGCUCAAUAUGCCUGAAGAGGAGCGCAAGCAAGUUGAAAAGGAAUACCACAACAAUCUGCAAAACUUGCUGAUAAAGACCCGCAAUCCCAAGCUGUUCGCAGACAUUGUGCGUGAGAACGUGCCCAUGGAUACAACUUGCGUGGCCGCAUGUCUCCCAGUUCUUCAGCGUAUGCUGGAGAAUCACGGGUUUAAUGUCGAAGGACUGACCCUUAUCGUGGAUGAGGCAUCCGGCCUGUCGGAGAGGAUCUCGACGAUGUCGGAUGGUGAGCAAGGCAUAGAGAUUAGGAUCUUCUUGAAAGAUGGUCAUUUUCAGGUUAGUCAGGAUGACAGCUCGAACAGCGGCGCGAGCGGCGGUACUAACAAUUGUCUAUAUGAGACGCUUUGCCAAUACAUACCUGGCCUAGACAGCAUGUCAGCGGAUAUGUUUAGGGAAGAGGUAGCGAAGGAAAUCGAAACUAGCCCCGGUAUACGAGAUCGCUUGUCAUAUGGAUGGCAUCAAUACAGGAUAGGAGUCGGACUGAUCGGCGGUAAGAAAGCCAGGAGCCGAAGUGUCUCAAGAGAGAGAUCCAUGGCGCAAGACAAAGAAGACACGAAGGAUUGGACACAGAACAGUAACUACGAUGUGGAUCUCACUGUAAAUAAAAUAUUGAGCAACAAAGAGUUACAGGAGCAACGUACGAAAGCUCUGAAUGCAGCAUUUCAAAAGUGCUGUGAUUAUGUCGGAAAAUACAAGGACGCGAAAAGGAGACCUAUUAAUCUUAGACUGGAGGAUUUCAAAUCCACCCUAUACGACACGAUAUAUGUUGAUGCCCCGUAUGAGGGUGAGAUAGGUUUCUUUCCGGUUCAAAUGGAAGCUGAGUUAGAAGUGCUCGUACCCGGGACGGAGAAACAAAUGGAAACAAUCAAGUUGGAGAUUAAUAUCGACAAUCCUUGCAUUAGUGUAGUGAAACAUGGGCCAAAGGUUCCUCAUGUCGGCUAUAGUGUAACAGGAUGCGGCGAUUUGCCGUUGAAAGCACGUGGACAUAUAUUGAUAAAUAAAGAGGGCAACGACUUCCUCCCACAUCGAAACAGUAAUAAUAUUGAUGUGACAAGUUUACAUGCUGGAGAAACGAUCCCCGACGAUCAGCAAGUUUCUAUCUUGAAGAUGUUCGCGGGACCGUCAGAUUACGAGAAGGUUCUCGCGCGAUACGAUACACAGAAUUUCGACCAUUCAAGUAUGAGAGGUAAAAAAUUUGUAACAACAUUUUAUUAAGUAUCUUAAUUUAUUUAAUUAGAGAAAAGAGCUGUUUCAAUCGGAAAUUAUUUUUAAAUGGAAUCAAGGGAUAUUAUGUUAGGGUACUUCCCAGGCAGAUCAGAAAAUCAUGGUGACGUCAAAAUGACCGCAAAGUAUCGAAGAAAACUCAUUUUUCCACCAUGAUCGAUCAUUUUCUUGUCAUUUUAAUAUUUGAUUAUAUCUUGAUAUAAUUUCAAUGUGUGAUGCAAUAGUGAGAUUAAUUUUAAUAUUCUCUUGAAUAUUAUCAAUAAUCUUAAUCGAUACAUACAAGGUGUAUAUAAGUCCAUAUUACAACGUUUUACUACACUAUUUAGCAUUACCGACGGCGUUGUAAUCAAUGGAGUUAUGUAUAGAUAUUGCACGUCUCGGGUCAUUACGGGCAAUUUCAAAUGAUUGACUCCUUUGGCUGCUUAAGCUAAGAUUCUAGUACGUAAAAAUGUAGAUUUAAUGUGAUAAUGCAUUAUAAGAAUAUGAAAAUCGCCGCGAAAAUUACGCCUGUAUUUAGCCAGUAAGAAAGGUUUAAGGUUCACACAACGUUAUUUUUUACUAGAUUUUUAGAUACAUGUUAUACUACAUUGUUAUUCAACCUAUUAAACAAUAUAAAAAGGCUUUCUU